AUGGUGGUGUUCAUCAAUGACAUACUGGUUUAUUCGAGGACUGAGGAUGAGCAUGAUGAGAACCCUAGAGUUAUUCUUCAGACUUUGAGGGAAACACAACUCUAUGCUGAGUUUAGCAAGUGUGAGUUCUGGUUACGUGAAGUAACAUUUCUGAUUGAGGCUGUGUUGGACUGGAAGCAGCCUAGGAAUGUUUCUGAGAUCCACAGUUUUUUGAGGCUGGCGGGUUAUUAUCGGCAGUUUGUGGAAGGCUUCUCGUUGAUUGCAGCACCAUUAACUAAGCUGCUAUGUAAGGGGCCUGAAUCUGGAAAGGAGUUCACAAUGUAUAGUGAUGCAUCACACGUCGAUUUGUGA